GAGGGACACACAGAAAGCUUGGAGCUUGAAGGGCCCCUUUAGAAUGGACCCUCGGAGAAUUCGAGAUUCAAUUCCAAUCACACUCCCUACCCCCCCUCAGCCUCCACUUACUACAAGUGGUCGUCUGUUCUGCCAGAAACAAACCAAUCUGCAGCACGCAGGACCUGGAGGUACCUGGAUAAGUAGUGAGAAAUUAGGGGAUUUUUAAGUGAUUAGUAGCGAUGGCACAGGUGAUGGGAUUGACAGCAUUGCCGUCAUGCGCGAUUAGCGAGGGUGCUGUUGCGGGUAACAGAGUUUUGAGGACGAGGGGAGCAGGGAAAGCGUUUUCGAGGUCGACGUUGUUGGGUAACCGGUUGGCGUUAGCUGUGUCGGUAGAGCUUGCCGCAUCGAAGAAGAGAAGCCUCGCCGCGAGAGCUUCCUUCAAGGAUGUGAACACCAUUCCUGUCGCCACCAUGGCGUCACUCGUCCUGGCUCUCGCCGGGAGCCCUGCCAUGGCUGCCGAUUUGCCUACUCCUCCUCAAUUCCAACAGACUGCUACUGAAGCUGUCCAGGCCCAGGCCAAGACUGCAGCGAAUGCGUUGUCAGGUGCGGCUGUAGCUGCACCUCCAGUUGCUGUGAAGAAAGUCUCGGACCUUCCCGAAGGUGCGAACUGGCGUUACAGCGAGUUCUUGAAUGCUGUGAAGGCAGGAAAGGUGGAGAGGGUUAGGUUUGCCAAGGAUGGCACCACGCUGCAAUUGACGGCAGUCGAUGGAAGGAGGGCUAAUGUCACCUUGCCCAAUGACCCCGACUUGGUCGACAUCCUCGCUAUGAACGGCGUCGACAUCUCCGUCUCCGAGGGUGAGGCAGCCAACAAUUACAUCAAUGUGUUGGGCAAUCUGCUUUUCCCUCUCUUGGCCUUCGGUGGACUGUUCUUCUUGUUCAGAAGGGCUCAGGGUGGCCAAGGGGGCCCUGGAGGUAUGGGAGGACCCAUGGACUUCGGCAGGUCGAAAUCCAAGUUCCAGGAGGUACCCGAGACUGGUGUCACAUUCGCCGAUGUCGCAGGAGCCGAUCAGGCCAAGCUUGAGCUUCAAGAAGUUGUGGAUUUUCUGAAGAACCCUGACAAAUACACAGCCCUAGGUGCCAAGAUUCCCAAGGGAUGUUUGCUCGUCGGUCCUCCCGGAACAGGAAAGACUCUUCUCGCAAGGGCUGUGUCCGGAGAGGCCGGUGUUCCUUUCUUCUCAUGCGCAGCCUCAGAAUUCGUUGAACUCUUCGUCGGUGUGGGAGCUUCUCGUGUCCGCGACUUGUUCGAGAAGGCCAAGGCUAAGGCUCCUUGCAUCGUCUUCAUCGAUGAGAUUGAUGCCGUGGGUAGGCAGAGAGGAGCCGGUAUGGGAGGAGGAAAUGAUGAGCGGGAGCAGACCAUUAACCAACUGCUUACAGAGAUGGACGGUUUCAGUGGCAACAGCGGAGUCAUUGUGUUGGCUGCCACCAACAGACCCGAUGUCCUCGACUCCGCUCUUCUCCGACCUGGACGAUUCGACAGGCAGGUUACCGUUGACAGGCCAGACGUUCAAGGUCGUGUCAGAAUUCUUCAGGUUCACUCUCGUGGAAAGACAUUGGCCAAGGAUGUCGAUUUCGAGAAGAUUGCAAGGAGGACACCAGGGUUCACCGGUGCCGACCUACAGAACUUGAUGAACGAGGCUGCUAUCCUGGCAGCAAGGCGGGAGUUGAAGGAGAUUAGCAAGGACGAGAUUGCCGAUGCAUUGGAGCGCAUCAUCGCUGGUCCAGAGAAGAAGAACGCCGUCGUCUCCGAAGAGAAGAGGAAACUGGUUGCGUACCACGAAGCUGGACAUGCCUUGGUUGGUGCUUUGAUGCCCGAGUACGACCCAGUUGCCAAAAUCUCCAUUGUGCCCCGUGGUGGCGCUGGAGGAUUGACCUUCUUUGCUCCCAGUGAAGAAAGGCUGGAGUCCGGCCUCUACAGCAGAAGCUACCUCGAGAAUCAGAUGGCUGUUGCUCUGGGUGGACGAAUUGCGGAGGAGCUCAUCUAUGGUGCCGAGAAUGUCACCACCGGUGCUUCCAACGAUUUCAUGCAAGUCUCUCGUGUGGCUCGCCAGAUGGUGGAGCGAUUCGGCUUCAGCAAGAAGAUUGGGCAACUCUCACUCGGCGGUGGUGGUGGCAACCCGUUUCUAGGCCAGUCUGCUGGACAACAAUCCGACCACUCCAUGGCUACUGCCGAUGUUAUCGAUGCCGAAGUGAGGGAAUUGGUUGAGACUGCCUACACUCGCGCCAAGACGAUCAUGGAAACUCACAUCGAUAUCCUACACAAGCUCGCGGCGUUGUUGCUGGAGAAGGAGACUGUUGACGGCGAGGAGUUUCUCAACUUGUUUAUUGACGGACAAGCUGAGCUCUACGUGAACUAGACGACGGUGGAAUGGCUUCGUCCAUGUAGAGAUUCUUUGGCAGGUUGACGAGGGUCAAAGGACGGAGGGACCGAGGACGGAAUUUUAUUUUAUUUUAUUUUACUUCUAUUCAAAAACUUUUGUUCAAUAUUUUGUUAAAAAGCAAAGAUUUUUAUGGUAUCUGCAGGGGCAGUGAUCGGUCCUCCGAAGAUGCUGUAUCGGCUGUACACUACUCGUAGAAAAGAAACUGACCUGGUGAUUGAUCUUGCCGUGUUGUAAACAACUUUUCUCACGUCUGUCCGUCGCUUCCCUUCAAACCGUGAGUCUUGCUACUCUUCCUGUUCUAAAUUGCUAUUAAUGAAAUGAGUGAAUUGUUCACUCACCCUCGACGAUGUCGUAUUGCUUGUG